UGGUCCAAGUGGUAAAAGGGGUUUAGUCACCGGCUAAAUCGGCCCCUAUGCCCGACGUCAAAGGAAUGAUCCGACGGUUGUUGUGUUAGCUUUCCGAGCUAGCAAGAAAGCUAGCUACCACGCCGGGGACACCAGUUAGCCAUGUUGCUCGGAAAAAUGGCCAUCGUUGCAUGUUAGCGACACAGUACUGGACAGAGAUAACACAGUUUAGCUAGCUAGCUGUUAACAGAUAGCAUUGACUCGCUGGUAGCGCGAGCCAAACCAAACCCCUACUCAAACCGGUUAAAGGAGCUAACAUGAUGCUUGGUGUUAGCCGGGGAUUGCAUGAGCUAGGACUAAUAUCUAUUGUCAAUAUCGGUUAUUGUCCCUGCAGAAAACACUCAUAAGUAUCGGCCAACGUUCUGUUAUCCUCCACAAUGCACGUCAUGUAAUCAACGUUAACAUUCAUGGCGUUUAGACACCUGUUAGGUCCACUCUGCUCAGUAAUGGAUGAACAAAAAGCAAAUUACAACAGGUGUUUGCAAUAGGCGUAAUCAGAUGCAGACCAGCACACAUCUGAUGAUUUAACGUUGAUGCCGGACUGAGGUGAUGCAGUCUUGCAUAAACCCACUGCUUUGAAUCUGACCACAGAGAAGAAGGGCGCAAAUUUGUCCUAGACCACUAGUCCAUCAUCCCAACAGGGGGCAGUGGGGGCAUUAUUGUUCCGUAAUUGACGGUUUAUGAUGUGGUUAUAUUCUUUAUGUUUUGUUCUAUUAAUAAAACCCAAGCAAAGGCCGAAACCAACAAUGGAUUUAUCACACUAACAAGUACUGCCCAUGUGGGAAUUUCAAAUGCCCGACAAACCCUCAGACCUUUAACACUGUAUAAAAGUAUUGCACUGGGUGACAUGUUGCCUCUUUACGUGGAUGUGGUAACUGUAGUUUUAAAAAAAAAUAAGUUGAUCCCAUGGACACCAUCCUGCUGCUGUAACCUAAAACCUACAGUGUCCAGCUGUUUUACAUCAUUACUUUUUUGGGAUCUUUAAAAUAAAUGUAAUCUAUAUAUUUGUGUACAUUUAAACAAUCUUUAGUAAGAACACAUUGGCUUGGCGCUGAGUGUCAAAGACCUGUUGUAAAGCAUUGAGAGACAGAUUGAAAUAGCAGUGUUUUCAGUCUUGUCAUGGGAUUUGUCGACAAUAAUAAACAUGGAAUAUCGCCAGCCUCAUCCUUUAAGCCACAGACUUGUCUGCCAGUUAAGAUGAUCAACUAGAAGGUGUGUCACACUGAUGUUAUUAAAAGGUAUUGAUGUGUGUCCUUCAGUGGAUUUCUUUGAUUUGUGAGGCUCUAGAGCUGUACUAGUGCAGUAUGAGGUCCGACUGGUGUCUAGUAGGUGGGAAGGAUUGCAGAAAUUGUGUUUGAUUAUAGCUAGCUUCAUUCACCAGCAGCAUGCACUUCCAGUGGGUCCAAUUACAGCACAUAUCUAAUUGAUGUUGGAGCAAAACGUCUGCCUGGCCCAUGAAAUGGCAGAGAGAGAGAGACUUGGCGAGGUCUCCACUGAGCAGCAACCUGCAUGGUCAAAAUAACAAUUAGCCCAGGCUCAGCGCACGCCAUGGAGAGUUCGUCGGUGUACAUGUGCUUCCCCUGCUACCAGGAGUUCAACACCCUGGAAGAGGUGCUCGAGCACCAGUUGACGUGCACCGCCGAGGAUGAACAGCUGGAAACACCUGGAACCGCCCCUGUCACGGUUCCACUGCUACAGACUCGGCAACAGGUCAUCAAUAUAUCAAAGACAUUAACAGUCCCACAGAUUGAAGUCCAAGCAGGACACUCCUCGGUGCAACCUGUUCUCCAGCAGGCUGCAGUCGGUGCAGAUGUAGCAUCAGACCAGCCCAGAAUCCUCUACCAAUGUGGGGACUGUGAUGAGCUUUUCAAGAGCCUGGACCUUUGGCAGCAACACCGUAAAGAAGAGGCAUGUCAGCAGUCCGCCUCUGGGAGGAAGUCGAACCCUGAUUCACAACCUGAGCCAGAGACCGCUUCAGCUCAGAGCUCGGAUUUAACUUUAAACACAGAGGAAACUACACACGAAACUAGUGAAAAUCUUCAACCUGAACAAGUGGAGACUCCCGAAGCAGAGGAAGAGAGGCAGCAGGUUGCAGAGACCUCUUCAGUUCAGAGCUCUGAUCCUCCGGUUUCUGAGGUGGCGGCGGCCUCAAUCUCCAAUCAAGAGGAGUGGUCUCCCAAGAGGAGAGGGCUCAACAAAAAGCCCAAGCCUGAACCCGUGCUCCUGUGUGUGGACUGUGGCUCUUGCUUCGGCCUGGUGUCUGAACUAGUGUCCCACCGCAAGACCCAACAUGGCUUUGAGGAAGCUCUGCACCGCUGCCCCGUGUGCGGGGAAAGCUUUCUCAACACCACACUUUUUCUCUACCACCGCAAGCAACACCGGCAGAAAGGCGAGGAAAGGUCGGUCGAGGUCCCCGAAGAGAACUCAAAGCAAGUUUUUACUCGGAGCAACGGGACCGACGCCACUCCCCCCACCGGUGUCGCCUCCAGUUUCACACAGCCCGAGUUGUUCAUGUGCACCCAGUGUGGGGAGAGCUUCAGUGACGAGGGAGGGCUGGGCACCCAUCGUAAGCAGAAGCACGGCCUAAAGGAGCCGCUACACAUUUGCCCCCAUUGUGACGAGAGCUUCAUGAACACCACCCAGUAUCUGUACCAUCGCCGGCAGCAUCGCUUCACAUCGGGGACAGAGGUGGCGGAAGGAGCUGAAACGGGCGAUGAAGCAGCUAAACCUCAGGAUGCCCCACAGAGCUCAAAGCGGCUGCUUUCCCCGCACGCCACUGCUUGUGAUCCCGGUUCACCGCUAGCUAAGAGAAGUCGGCCCUCUUUCAGGAUCCUGAGCGGCAGUGGUGCCGGAAACAAAGCCAUCAAAGAGGAAUCAGAGGGCAGUACUGCAGCAGACUUGGACAACACCAACCACCCUCCACCUGCCAAGCUGCUGCAGGACUGGGCCCGCACCCCACUACCCCAUGUGUGCCCCUACUGCGGCAAAACCUUCACCCGGCGCGUCUUCCUCCGCACACACGUCUUCAGCCACACCGGAGAAAAGCUCUUCACGUGCAAGGUUUGCACAAAGUCCUUCACUAACUCCCAGAGCCUGCUGCGCCACAGCAUGAGCCACACGGGCAACAAACCCUUCAGCUGCGACGUUUGUGGCAAAAACUUCUCCCAGGCGGCCACCCUGAAGAGACACCAACGCAUCCACAUGUCAACACAGCCGCGACGCAAGCGUGGACGCAAACCGGUGUGUACGCUGGACAAUGAGGGAUCUGCUCAUCUAUUCUCCUGUCCUCACUGCCCGUCACGGUUCAACACGGAGGAUCAGCUCAACCAUCACAAACUGCUCCACACCAGCCAUCCAUUCCCCUGCCACGAAUGUGGAGAGGCCUUCAAACGGCGGAGAGAACUGGAUCUGCACUCGCUCACUCACCAAGACAAGCAGCCGGCGACGUGUCACCACUGUUCAACCCAGUUCGUGAACCAGUCGGUGCUGGAAAUCCACAUGCAGCGUUGCCCUUCCACAGAGGAGGACAAGAACACGGGUCGUGGACGGGGUCAGGGCCGGGGACGAUGCACCGGACAGGUCGAGUGUGACCUAUGCGGCCACCGUUGCAUGACCCAGGAGGGCCUCGACCUCCAUCGGUUAUCCCACACGGGCCAGACGCCCCUCAAGUGCCCGGUGAGGCCUUGCCGCCGGCGAUUUACCUCCAACAGUACCCUGGAGGAGCACGUGGUGGCCCAUUUCCAGGGCACGCUCGGCAAGUCCAAAAACCGACCCCGCUUCCGCUGUCAGAUUUGCCUCAAGGAGUUUUCCUACAAUUCCACCUUUAAUGUUCACAUGAGGACCCACACUGAUGAGAGGCCCUUUGAGUGCGCCACAUGUGGCAAGCGCUUCCGCCAGCUGCCCCAUCUGCAGGACCACGAGCGCAUCCACAGCGGCAUCCGCCCUUUCUGCUGCUGGAUUUGCGGCAAGAGUUUCAGCGUGGCCGCCCGGCUCACCGAGCACGCCCGCACCCACAGCGGGGAGAAGCCGUACCCCUGUCCCCACUGCCCGGCGGCCUUCCGCUCUCGCUCCAACCUGGACAAACACAUCCGGCUGCACGGAGACCUGCCCAUGGACAGCGCGGAGCAGGCUGCACAGGACGCCGAGGCCGCCCACGUACAGAAGGUGCUUGAGGGGGCCAAGGUGCUGUCCUCUCUGGCCGCCACAGGGGAGAUAGAUUCUGGCUCGGUGCAGACCAUCUACGUGCUGCAGGGGACCGAAGGAGGCGGCGACACGGUCAUGAUCCCGGCCGAUCAGUUCACCGGCAUGGACGGCACCUCGCAGGUCGUCAUCCUGCCCUCCUCUGUUCUGGGAGCUCAGGGCAUUAAUGUUCCCACGAUCACCAUGGACGGAAAUGAAAUCACCAUGGUGGAGACGAACCAGUCGCAAUCGCAUCACGCCAUCGAGUUCAUUGUGGAGGAGACCGUAUAAAUGGAGGAUUCAAAAACUAUUGUGGAAAUGGCAACACGGUAGACUAGUUGAGAAUAUAGACUGCUCGAGUCAAAAGUUUGAUAAUUGAAGCAUAUUGAGUAAUUACUUUUUUAUAAAUAUAUAUAUUGUUUGAUAGGUUUCUAAGCCAGGUUCUUUUCUUGAGAAUAAAAUUGGAUAACCUGGUUCAAAAAGUUCAUAAAAGGUUCAUACACGCAUGAAUGCUCGGGGGAACAGAAUGUACCUUUUAAAUGAACAAACAGAUUGUUAAAUUGGCCUUUGAUUAUAUAUGUAUUUACAGCCCCUAUUUAUUAGGGGAAGACGAGUGGCGACCCCUGAAAUGUCUUCUGCUUUCUUUAUAAUAAAACGCUUCAGCUUUCACACUUGUGAGCGUCCAUCAAUUUAUAGGGUGCGUGACACGAGGGGCAUUACCCCCGUCCCAUCAGCUGGGAUGGUUUUUACAGGCCCCGCUGUAAAUGGUCAAUACGGGGUCUUCUACUGCGAAAUAUACAAACAAGUGAGCGGACAGCUCUGUCACAUGCACACUAAUGUUACUGAAAGGCAGGACGAAGUAGACACGUGUGUAUGGAUCAACUCCCAUGUUCCGAUAAUUUACAGAGCAUUUAUGUUAUCGAUUGGUUUUGUGCUGUAAUUAAAUACAAUGGUAACAAGGAUACGGCGAGAUCUAUGAUGAUUUAGCUGAAGUGCAGCAUUAUGCAGUGGCAAGUAGAGCAAUGAAAUUAUUCAGCACUUGCUGUAUAGUUAUCAAAAAUAAUGAUCCAAUUUGUGUCUAAAUGGGAAGGGGCAUAAUAUGAUAUAAGUUUUGCCAGCUCUGCACUAGACCAUUAUAGGCUUCCAAAGCACAGUUUAUGGCUGUCUCCCACCCAGUGAUUGCUGACGGGGGGUUUGAAACCACACACACACACACACACACACACACACACACAGGCAAUCUGUCUUAGUUUGUUUUCAUGUCAUGGAGGAAGAAAUGCUGAUGAUUUCACGGAGUACUGAAAUGGGGAAAUAGCAGCAUUCCUGCAGAGUGUGAGUAGCACAUCAGGAAAUAUAGAGGGCUCCUCGGGAGCAAAACGAAGCCAGAGCCAAGAAUCUAGCUGCUAUUCAAUGCUUCUCUGAGAGAGAGUCAACAGGCAACCAGUCCAUAAAUACAUGCUUUUUUUUUUUUCCUCCUAGAACAUCUUGAGCGCUGAUAUUCUGCUGGAGUGCCGUUUAUCAUACAUGCUGCCAAACAUUGAGGCUGAAAACACUCAACAAACACGCAGAUGUGUAAGGACGUUGUUGACGCUGGAGGUGAAAUCAUGAGACUUGUAUGCUCUCGGGAAGCAGCCUGCCUGAAGUAUAAUGGAUCUAUUUGCUUUACAGAAGUGUAUUCUUGACUGUGUUUAUGCCUGAGCUCAGACUUAACAUUGUGCUCUUGUUUUGUUUUUUUGGGGGGUUCUGGAUCGGUGAUGAGGACGGAUAAACAAAAUCUGAUUUUUGAAACCAGAAAAUCUUGAAGACUAUAGUUUAACUUACGACUUUAAGUGUGAUUUGUACGUUAUAUCAUGUCGGCAAGGGUAAGGACCUUGGCACCAGUGAGUUUUUAUAAAACAAUUUCAAGGACACCUUUUGGUAAAAGAACGUCAACCUUCAGUUGACAGGAAAUAUUUUCAA